GAAUAUUCUUCUGCGCAUCGUGACGGUAUUUUCAUACAUUAACAAAAUUGGAAAUUCGAAAAGAAAUUAUUUGUCCCUCAUGAAAGAUCAAUUAACGAAAAUGUCCUCUUUAUUAAAUACUUCAACUAUUGUGUGUUUAUUAUUACUACCUUUGAUUUAUGUGCAAGUAACAUCAGUGUUGGGAACAGAAAUGGUAUCAAGAAUAUGCCUAGGAUGUAUAUGCGAAGCUGCUUCUGGAUGUAAUGUUACACUUAAUUGCGAUGAGUCUGUUUGUGGACCAUUUCGUAUAACGUGGAAUUAUUGGGCUGAUGCUGGUAAACCAACCCUUGACAACAAUACAACUAAAGACGAGUACAUAAGAUGUGUAACCGAUCCAUAUUGCGCAGCUCGUACAGUACAGGGUUAUAUGAAGAAAUUUGCACAGGAUUGUAAUGGUGAUGGUAAUAUCAACUGCGACGAUUUUCUCCGUAUUCAUCGAUUAGGGGGAUACGGAUGUAGUGGGCCACUGAACUCAAAAUAUGAAAAUACUUACAAUCUUUGUAUGCAGACUUUUCAACAACAAUAACUAAUAAACGAUUAUGUGGAAACAUUUAACUCUGAAGUUACACUAUACAUGUAUAUGUAUGUAUGCUUAAUAAAUUACGAAUACAAAUAUG